AUGCGGCCCGAAAUCGAGCAAGAGCUCGCCCAUAUCCUGCUCGUUGAGCUGUUAGCAUAUCAGUUUGCCUCUCCGGUCAGAUGGAUUGAGACUCAAGAUGUCAUCCUCGAGAAGAACCGGACGGAGAGAAUCGUCGAGAUCGGCCCCGCGGACACCCUUGGUGGAAUGGCAAAGAGAACCCUGGCCUCGAAAUAUGAAGCAUACGACGCAGCUACCUCCGUAUCGCGGCAAGUUCUCGCGUACAACAAAGAUUUGAAAGAGAUCUAUUACGAUGUCGAUCCAGUGGAGGAAGAGCCCGCAGCAGCGGCUCCGGCUCCUUCUUCCUCAGCCCCCGCCGUCUCGACAACGGCACCAGCAGCAGCUCCCUCCGCGGCGGCGCCUCCUCCUCCUCCUCCACCACCAGCGGCGAGUGCCGGCCCAGCUGCCGUGGUGACCGACGCUCCCAUCGGAGCCGUGGACAUUUUGAGAGCUUUGGUUGCUCAGAAAUUGAAGAAACCACUUGCGGAUAUCCCGCUGAACAAGGCCAUCAAGGAUCUUGUCGGUGGAAAAUCGACGCUACAAAACGAAAUCUUGGGUGAUCUGGGAAAAGAGUUUGGUUCAACCCCCGAAAAACCAGAAGACACUCCUCUUGACGAGUUGGGUGCUUCCAUGCAAUCCACGUUCAAUGGCCAAUUGGGCAAACAAUCACAGUCGUUGAUUGCUCGCUUGGUUUCCUCCAAGAUGCCCGGUGGUUUCAAUAUCACCGCUGUCAGAAAACAUUUGGAGAACACCUUUGGUCUCGGUCCCGGGAGACAAGAUGGAGUUCUUUUACUCGCUCUCACCAUGGAGCCGGCCUCCCGGUUGAACUCAGAGAAUGACGCCAAGGCUUAUCUGGCCGAUGUCGCGCAGAAAUAUGCAGCCACCGCAGGCAUCAGCCUUUCGUCCGCUUCUGCGGGAGGGGCGGCCGCCGGUGGUGCCGGCACUGGCAUGAUGAUGGAUCCGGCCGCUAUAGACGCUCUGACCAAAGAUCAACGGGCUCUGUUCAAGCAGCAGCUCGAACUGUUUGCUCGAUAUCUCAAGAUGGAUCUCCGCUCUGGCGACAAGGCAUUCAUUGGUUCGCAAGAGACGAACAAGGCUCUUCAAGCUCAGCUUGAUUUGUGGAACGCCGAACAUGGAGAAUUCUAUGCCGCCGGCAUUGAACCUUCUUUCAAUGCACUGAAAGCUCGUGUUUACGACUCCUCCUGGAAUUGGGCCCGACAGGACGCUCUCAGCAUGUACUACGAUAUCAUUUUUGGCCGUCUCAGGGCUGUUGACCGCGAGAUUGUUAGCCAGUGCAUUCGUAUCAUGAACAGAUCAAAUCCGACCCUGAUUGAGUACAUGCAGUACCAUAUUGACCACUGUCCCACCGAACGAGGCGAAACCUAUAAGUUGGCAAAGGAGUUGGGAGAACAGCUCAUUGAGAACUGCAAGGACGUUCUAAAUGAAGCCCCUGUCUACAAGGAUGUGUCUAUCCCUAAAGGCCCACAAACCACUGUCGAUGCUCGCGGGAACCUCGACUACCAGGAAGUCCCACGACAAAGCGCUCGCAAACUGGAGCACUACGUCCGUGAGAUGGCCGAGGGGGGGAAGAUCUCCGAAUACAGCAACCGGACCAAGGUACAAAACGACCUUCGCAAUGUCUACAAAUUGAUCCGAAAGCAACAUAAGCUCUCCAAAGCAUCUCAACUGCAGUUCAACAGCUUGUACAAGGAUGUCAUCCGCGCCCUGGCGAUGAACGAGUCUCAAAUAAUGCCUCAAGAGAACGGUGACGUGAAGAAGCCGGGCCGAAAUGGAUCUCUCACCCGCGCUACCAUGAACGGCACCAUUAAACAGGGCAAGACCGAGACGAUUCCUUUCCUCCACUUGAAGAAGAAGGAAGAACAUGGCUGGGAAUACAGCAAGAAGUUGACCGGUAUUUAUCUCGAAGGCCUCCAAAAUGCGGCCAAAUCUGGCCUUACCUUCCAAGGCAAGAUGGCACUCAUGACCGGUGCUGGUGCGGGAUCCAUUGGUGCCGAAGUUUUGCAAGGUCUCAUUAGCGGUGGUGCCAAGGUGGUGGUCACGACCAGCCGUUACUCGCGUGAGGUGACCGACUACUAUCAGUCCAUGUACGCACGCUUUGGUGGUCGGGGAUCCCAGCUCGUGGUGGUGCCCUUCAACCAAGGCAGCAAACAAGAUAUCGACGCCCUCAUUGACUAUAUCUACGACACCAAGAAGGGACUUGGCUGGGAUCUGGACUACAUUGUUCCGUUCGCCGCGAUUCCUGAGAACGGUCGCGAGAUUGACAGCAUUGAUUCCAAGUCAGAGCUUGCUCACCGUAUCAUGCUGACCAACUUGAUCCGUCUCCUUGGCUACGUCAAGACCAAGAAAUUCGAGAGCGGUUUCAACACGCGACCCGCUCAAGUCAUGCUACCACUGUCACCCAACCACGGGACCUUUGGCAAUGAUGGCUUGUACUCCGAGUCGAAACUGGCUCUGGAAACUCUCUUCAACCGUUGGUAUUCCGAAAGCUGGGGUGACUACCUCACCAUCUGUGGUGCCGUCAUCGGUUGGACUCGCGGAACUGGUCUCAUGAGCGGUAACAAUGUUGUCGCGAAUGGUGUCGAGAAAUACGGGGUCCGAACCUUCUCUCAGCAGGAAAUGGCUUUUAACUUGCUCGGUCUGAUGUCGCCCGCUAUUGUCGACCUCUGCCAGAACGAACCGGUGUUUGCCGAUUUGAACGGUGGUUUGCAAUUCUUGCCCGAUCUUAAAGAAUUGAUGACCAAGUUGCGCGCGGAGAUCAUGGAAACCAGCGCAAUCCGACAAGCUGUCACCAAAGAGACGGCCCUUGAAAACAAAGUCGUCAAUGGCGAGGACAGUGAGGCCCUCUACCGGAAGGUCACGAUUGAGCCUCGAGCAAAUCUCAAGUUCGAAUUCCCAGAACUUCCCAAAUGGAAGGAAGAUAUCGAGCCUCUCCACUCCAAACUCAAAGGCAUGGUGGAUCUUGACAAGGUUGUUGUCGUGACCGGCUUUUCUGAAGUUGGCCCAUGGGGUAACUCCCGCACGCGUUGGGAGAUGGAAGCCUAUGGCGAAUUCUCGUUGGAAGGCUGCGUGGAAAUGGCUUGGAUCAUGGGUCUGAUCAAGAACCACAACGGACCUCUCAAGGGCAAGUCGUAUUCUGGUUGGGUUGAUGCCCAGACCAACGAACCGGUCGACGACAAAGGCAUCAAAGCCAAAUACGAGAAACACAUCCUCGAGCACUCGGGUAUCCGUCUCAUCGAGCCCGAAUUGUUCAACGGAUAUGACCCCAACAAGAAGCAGCUCCUUCACGAAGUCCAGAUCGAGGAGGAUUUGGAUCAAUUUGAGGCUGCGAAAGAGACUGCCGAGGAAUUCAAGCGACAACACGGCGACAAAGUCGAAAUUUUCGAACUCGAGUCCGGAGAAUACAGUGUCCGUUUGAAGAAGGGUGCAACUCUUCUCAUCCCGAAGGCACUCAGAUUUGAUCGUCUUGUGGCGGGUCAGAUCCCAACCGGCUGGGACGCCAAGAACUACGGCAUUCCGGACGAUAUCAUCUCUCAAGUCGACCAAGUCACCCUGUUCGUUCUUGUCUGCACCGUUGAAGCCCUCCUGGCCGCCGGUAUCACCGACCCCUACGAGUUCUACAAAUAUGUCCAUCUCUCCGAGGUGGGGAACUGCGUUGGUUCUGGUAUCGGCGGCACCACGGCUCUGCGCGGUAUGUACAAGGAUCGGUUCAUGGACAAGCCCGUUCAGAAGGAUAUUCUCCAAGAGUCGUUCAUCAACACCAUGUCUGCUUGGGUUAACAUGCUGCUCUUAUCAUCGACGGGCCCCAUCAAGACUCCGGUUGGUGCCUGCGCGACCGCUGUAGAGUCCAUUGAUAUCGGUUACGAGACCAUCGUCGAAGGAAAAGCUCGCGUGUGCUUCGUUGGCGGUUUCGAUGACUUCCAAGAGGAGGGUUCUUAUGAAUUCGCCAACAUGAAAGCCACCAGCAACGCCGAGGACGAAUUCGCUCAUGGCCGCACGCCCAAGGAAAUGUCUCGGCCCACCACCACCACCCGAAAUGGAUUCAUGGAGUCCCAGGGUGCCGGGAUGCAAGUCAUCAUGUCCGCCCGUCUUGCCUUGGACAUGGGAACUCCGAUCUACGGCAUCCUCGGCCUUACCACCACCGCCACCGACAAGAUUGGCCGAUCCGUACCUGCACCGGGCCAAGGGGUGUUGACCACGGCACGCGAGAACCCGGGCAAGUAUCCAUCUCCUCUGCUUGACAUCCAGUACCGUAGGAGACAACUGGAUCUCCGACGACGCGCCAUCAGGGACUGGCAAGAGUCUGAACUUCUCUACCUCCAUGAAGAGGCCGCGGCCAUGAAGGCCCAAGCGGGAUUUGGCUUCAAUGAAGUAGAAUACAUGCAAGAGCGUGCCGCUCAUAUCGAGCGAGAAGCUAUCAGACAAGAAAAGGAAGCUCGGUUUAGCUUGGGUAACAACUUCUGGAAACAAGACCCUACCAUUGCUCCUCUCCGUGGUGCUCUGGCCACGUGGGGACUUACGAUUGAUGACCUCGACGUCGCAUCAUUCCACGGCACCUCCACUGUUGCCAACGACAAGAAUGAGUCCGAUGUGAUCUGCCAACAGAUGAAGCAUUUGGGUCGUAAGAAGGGCAAUGCUUUGCUUGGGAUCUUCCAGAAAUACCUGACCGGUCAUCCCAAGGGCGCCGCUGGUGCCUGGAUGUUUAACGGCUGCUUACAAGUUCUCAAUAGCGGCCUCGUGCCCGGGAAUCGGAAUGCCGACAAUGUUGAUCAAGCAAUGGAGAAGUUUGAUUACAUCGUCUACCCCAGCCGAUCAUUGCAGACGGACGGCAUCAAAGCAUUCUCCGUCACUUCAUUCGGUUUUGGUCAAAAAGGUGCUCAAGCUAUUGGUAUUCAUCCCAAAUAUCUCUUUGCCACCUUGGAUGAAGCCGAAUUCCUGAGGUACAAGGUGAAGGUCGAAGCCCGACAGAAGAAAGCCUACAGAUACUUCCACAACGGCAUGAUCAACAACUCGUUGUUCGUGGCCAAGUCGAAGGCACCAUAUCCUGACGAGAUGAUGCAGAAGGUCUUCUUGAACCCUGACCAACGGGUGACCACUGAUAAGAAUUCCGGCGAGCUCGUUUAUUCAUCUGUGGCCCCGAAGAAGGUACAGAGCGCCAAGGCUUUGGAGACCAAGGCCAUGCUCGAGUCUCUGACGAAAGCGAGCGCCGUCGAGGGAUCAAAGAUUGGCGUUGACGUUGAGGAUAUCCAAGUCAUCAACAUUGAAAAUGAGACUUUCGUGGAAAGAAACUUCACUGAAAAGGAGCGAGCUUACUGCGACAAGGCGGCAUCUCCUCAAGCUUCAUAUGCGGGACGAUGGAGUGCUAAAGAAGCUGUAUUCAAGUCUUUGGGGGUAUGCAGCAAGGGAGCCGGUGCUCCGCUCUAUGACAUUGAGAUCCUGAGUGACACCAAUGGAGCACCUAAAGUCGUUCUCCAUGGCGCGGCACUGCAGGCCGCGAAGGAAGCAGGCGUCAAGAAUGUCAAUGUCAGCAUCAGUCACAGCGACAGCCAGGCCAUUGCUGUCGCUGUCUCGGCAUUUUAA